CCAUCCACAACAAUGAAACCUAUCCAUUUAUUAAGACUACGUAACUUCCCUAUAUUUAAACAGUUGCAGAUAGAGGAGUCAAUAUACAGGUCAAAGAAUGCUGGCAACUGGUUGAUCAUCAAUCAGGGCACACCAGAGCCUAUCGUCGUGAUGGGCAUCUCGGGCAAACCCGAUAGACUCGUCCAUCUACAAAAGGCAGCUGACAUGAACGUGCCCAUUAUGAAGCGAUUCACUGGCGGUGGCACGGUCAUUGUCGACGAGCACUCACUAUUCACCUCGUUCAUUAUGGACAACGAUUGGCUGGCGGCACAGGGCAUCGACACGAAAGCACCGCGCAACAUCAUGAAGUGGAGCGAGACAUUCUACCGCAAUGUCUUCCGCGAUCACCCAGACUUCUCUCUCAUGGAGCACGACUACUCGUUUGGCCACCACAAGUUUGGUGGCAAUGCACAAGCUCUGUCUCGCUCGCGCUUCGUCCAUCACACCUCCUUUCUGUUUGACUUUGACGACAAACGUAUGGCCGUGCUGAAGCAACCGGAGAAGACGCCAGAGUAUCGGCAGGGACGCGACCAUCUUAGCUUCCUGUGCAAGUUGAAGGAUCGUUACACCGACACAGAGACGAUCGCCACCAACAUCGAGGACACAAUGAGGUCAUUCCAUCAGAUUGUAUUGGCAUCAACAGUUGGCAACAAAGAUAUCUUUAUUGAUGAUGACGUGGUAACAAGUCGGUCAAGGUCAUCAUCAACUAAUGAUAUUAAUAGUCAGUUGUUGGGUGACAACAACAAUGAUACACAGAACGAACAAGAACAACAAAACCAUCAUAUUCUUCGAGAUGCAUCAUUUAUCAAUGUAACAUUACAAGAUGCUAUGCGAUACUUUGAAACAGGUGAGCAUCACCAAUCAAACAUAUUGUUCGAUCCGAAGGAGCUACUCGCCAAACAACUCGAACUACAACAACAACAACAA